ACUGAGGGUUACAGUUUAGGAGACGCGUCUAUCCGUCAGGCCGGCUCCGGGCGGUCGGGAAGAGGAGGAGAAGGAGGAGGGGCGGGGAGAUCGGCCUGGACGAGCGGCGGAGACGCACACAUCGCCGGCCCCUACUGCCUAACCGGCCUGCCCGGCCCCGCGGGACUCGCUCCUCACCUUCCGAGAGCCACAGACGCAGCACCGCGGCCUCGCGCUGGGGGCGGCCGGGACGGGCGCGAGGCGCUGCCGCAGCACUGGGCUUGUAAACAGAUUCAGCCGCACGUGACCAUGUGAACUACCUGCUCCGGGGACGCGUAUUGUCUUUCCCGCGAGCCGCGCCACAAAGGAGCGCGGCGGGUUCAAGUGAGGAGGGCCGGGCGAGUAAGCGGGGAGAGCCGGCUGGCGCGCUAAGAUGGCCGAAGGCGCUCAGCGAGGGUGAGCGGGGGGCGCGGUGCAGCCAGCCGGUGAGUCUUCGAGCGGGCAGGGCCAGCGGCGCUUCCCCCGCGGCCUGGCACCGGAGCCACCAUGUCGUUCGCGCUGGAGGAGACGCUCGAGUCGGACUGGGUGGCCGUGCGGCCCCAUGUGUUCGACGAGCGCGAGAAGCACAAGUUCGUCUUCAUUGUGGCCUGGAACGAGAUUGAGGGCAAGUUUGCCAUAACCUGCCACAACCGGACGGCCCAGAGGCAGAGGAGCGGCUCCCGGGAGCAGGCGGGGGCACGAGGGGGCGCUGAGCCCGGAGCAUCCGCGUCGGACGGGACCCGCGGGCCAGGCAGCCCAGCGGGCAAGGGCCGGCCCGAGGCCACUGCCUCUACGACUCUGGGUAGGAGCCCGGGGCCCCGGAGGAGCCCGGCCUGGGGGGAGGGCGGCUCUCCGCGGAGCGCGCGCAGCCUUCGGGGGGACCCGCUGCUGCGGUGUCCCGCCGGCAAAGGGGCGGAGAGCCCCUUCAGGAGCCCAGUGCGGGCCAAGACCAGCCCGGUUCGAAGGAGAUCUGAAGGCAAAGAUGUGGCGGGGGCCGCUACAGCAGCAGCCCCGCCGGCGUCCAGGGAGGCCCCGGUGUCCUCCGUGCGAGUAGUGAGCACUUGUGGGGCGGUUUCCGAGGAGAUAGAGGUGCUGGAAAUGUUGAGGGAGGACGAGGUGGCCCCGGCGGCCCUGGCGCUCUCAGACACAGAGCAGCCGCCUUCCACUACCGAGCUGGAGUCCCCGGCCGAGGAGUGUAGCUGGGCCGGGCUCUUCUCCUUCCAGGAUCUGCGUGCUGUGCACCAGCAGCUGUGUUCUGUGAACUCGCAGCUGGAACAGUGCCUGCCCGUAUUCCCCGAGGAGCCCUCUGGCAUGUGGACCGUGCUGUUCGGGGGCGCUCCAGAGAUGACCGAGCAGGAGAUCGACACUCUGUGUUACCAGCUCCAGGUCUACCUGGGCCAUGGCCUGGACACCUGCGGCUGGAAGAUCCUCUCCCAGGUACUUUUCACUGAGACCGACGAUCCCGAGGAGUAUUACGAAAGUCUUAGCGAGCUGCGGCAGAAGGGCUACGAAGAAGUGCUUCAGCGGGCCAGGAAGCGCAUCCAGGAGCUUUUGGAUAAGCACAAGAAUACAGAAAGCAUGGUCGAGCUUCUGGACUUGUAUCAGAUGGAGGAUGAAGCCUAUAGCAGCCUUGCAGAAGCCACAACUGAACUAUAUCAGUAUUUACUACAGCCAUUCCGAGACAUGAGAGAACUUGCCAUGCUACGGAGACAACAGAUCAAGAUUUCCAUGGAGAAUGAUUAUCUGGGUCCCCGAAGAAUUGAAAGUCUACAAAAAGAAGAUGCUGAUUGGCAGCGAAAAGCUCACAUGGCUGUGCUGUCGAUUCAGGAUCUUACUGUCAAAUAUUUUGAAAUAACAGCGAAAGCACAAAAAGCUGUGUAUGAUCGAAUGAGAGCAGAUCAGAAGAAAUUUGGUAAAGCAUCAUGGGCAGCAGCUGCAGAACGUAUGGAAAAACUCCAGUAUGCAGUUUCUAAGGAGACUCUGCAGAUGAUGAGAGCGAAAGAGAUCUGUUUGGAACAGAGGAAACAUGCACUGAAAGAAGAGAUGCAGAGUUUGCAGGGUGGUACAGAAGCCAUAGCCCGAUUGGAUCAAUUAGAAGCUGAUUAUUAUGAUCUGCAACUUCAGUUGUAUGAGGUACAGUUUGAAAUCCUGAAGUGUGAAGAGUUAUUAUUGACAGCCCAACUGGAAAGCAUCAAAAGACUUAUAUCGGAAAAGAGAGAUGAAGUGGUAUACUAUGACACUUACGAAAGCAUGGAGGCCAUGCUGGAGAAGGAAGAGAUGGCAGCAUCUGUGUACUUACAGAGAGAAGAGCUACAGAAACUUCAGCAGAAAGCACGCCAGCUAGAAGCAAGACGUGGACGGGUUUCAGCCAAGAAAGCCUACCUCAGAAAUAAAAAGGAAAUUUGUAUUGCAAAACACAAUGAAAAGUUCCAACAGCGCCUUCGGAGUGAAGAUGAAUAUAGAACCCAUCACACAGUACAACUAAAGAGAGAAAAAUUACAUGACGAAGAAGAAAGAAAAAGUGCUUGGGUUAGCCAGGAGAGACAAAGAACACUGGAUAGACUUCGAACUUUUAAACAGAGGUACCCUGGCCAAGUCAUACUUAAAUCAACCAGAUUGCGCCUGGCUCACGCAAGAAGAAGAAGCACAGCCAGUCCCGUGCCCUGUGAGGACCAGUGUGACUCUCUGCCAGGAGCGCUCCAGGUAGACGAGAAAAGUGAAAUGGUGGAGGAAGGAAGAGGGAAGCUCGGGUCAUUGCAGAAAACAGAAGCCCAGAGCCUCGCGCAACUUGAAGAUAGUUCAUUAGCACAACUUGAAGCCACUUCAUUACCUCUCAGUGGUGUUACCUCUGAACUGCCGCCCGUGGUUUCUCUUCCACUUUUGAAUAAUACUGACCUCAAACCGGGUUCUGUUACCAUAGCGCCACUCCCCCCACCUCUUCCUCCAACACCCCCUCCCCCCCCUCCCCCACCGCCGCCCCCUCUGCCUGUCGCCAAGGACCACUCCCUGGAGACCCUGGAGAAAGGUCAGCCCGGAAGAGAGGGGAGCGAGCCGAGGACCGCGGAGCCCGCGAGCGCGCCGCCAGCGCAGCUGUUUGACAGUAGCCAGCUGGUCAGUGCCCGGAAGCGGCUCCGGAAGACUGCUGAAGCUCUGCAGAGGAGGAGAGUGAGCUCACCCAUGGAUGAGGUGCUAGCUUCCUUGAAGCGUGGUAGUUUUCAUCUGAAAAAGGUUGAACAGCGAACUCUACCUCCUUUUCCUGAUGAAGAUGAUAGUAAUAAUAUCUUGGCACAAAUCAGGAAAGGGGUAAAAUUGAAGAAGGUACAGAAGGAAGUUCUGAGAGAAUCCUUCACACUUCUGCCUGACACAGACCCUCUAACACGAAGCAUCCAUGAAGCUCUUAGAAGAAUCAAAGAAGCGUCCCCUGAGUCAGAGGAUGAAGAGGAAGCUUUGCCUUGCACAGACUGGGAAAACUAACAAGUGACUCAACAGAAAGAAAAAACACCUACAGUUGAAGAUCAAAGAUUUUUUUGGAAAACAAAAUUUUAAAUGUGUGAUUUCCCAACUGGAUUCCGUUAGAUGCAAAGUGUGUUGGCUCUGUGGUAUGAAAAAAUGGAAGCACAAUUGGCAAGUUAUCGCUUUUCCAGUCAUUCCAAUAUUGGUGGUUAACAUGAGUUUUAGAUGUGCAAUGCUUCUGAUGCAAUGAAGAAAAGGCCUUCCAGAGAUGCCUGGUUUUUUAAGCACCUUCCCUUCCUUCCUGUCCACCCGUGUACAUCCUCGUAGUGGCCAGUCAAGCUAGGGGUUGCUCUGAGUUGGAAGAACACUGGGUUGACAGAGACCUACUGUGAGCUGUAUUGGGACUGCUUUGAAAUCCAUCUUUAAGUGCACUGAAUAGUCCUUUGCUUGAAAACACAGAGCUUCUUCUAUAUCAGCUUGUAUAAAUAGUCGGACACUCUGAAAAAGAAGUUUAUCAUGAUAGCUAUAGGACAGGAAUUGGAAAGAAUCAGAUGGAAAUGCACUGAAAAUUUCCACAUUACUCAUCUCCAAAGGAAUUUUCAUAAAGAUGUUCAACAUCUGAAAAGAUCUAUAACCAUGGAGAUACACUUAAUGUGUUUACCACAACAUGACACAUUUACCAUGGCAUAUUUUUAAAAGACCACAUACUCUCACACUUUGUAAGGUUUUGAAGUAAAAAUUUCCAUGCUUUUAAAUAGCUCUUCAUAAUUGUGAAUUUAUAAUAGUUUGAAUUUCAUGUGCAGCUUUGUUUAUGAAAAGCAAUACUUUGUAACUUGAUAAUAUUUCAGAUUAUUUUUAGUCCUUUUGUUUGAACGAUUGCUCGAUUAGUGUAAUUCAACAUGACUUUCCUAUUGAGAAUCAAAAAUGAGAAUUCAGUAAUAGGGAUGCAGAUCUUAAGUCUGUUUAACAUGCACCAUUUAAGUUUUUCUUUUUAUGCUCCACAGUGAAGUGUGCUCUACAAAUAUGCAGAAAGUAGACAGGCGGAAAAGCCUCCUUUGCUAGCAUUUCACUAUCUUCACAUGUUUUGAGUGGAAUUUGGGGAGAGCACCUUUAUUACUGUUAGUAGACCUUUUAAAACAUACGUAUGUAGUUCCAGGUGCUGAGUUUGCCAUAAUGGCAUCCUGAAGGGCACAUUUAUAUGAAUGGAGCCAUUAUGAAUUCUCAGCAGGAGUGCUGUGGGCUUGAAUGAAGGUAGAUAUGGCAGACUCAGUCUGUAGUAUUCUGUAGAGUGUAAUUCUGCAUCAGACAGAUGUUGGCCUUUAUAUGAAGGGAGUUAAGUAAGGACUGAUGUACCAAAAAGAACUUUAUUUCUUCUGAGGCAUUUCUCUGGCCUAGACCCAGAAAGCAGUCCCAGAGUAAAAGCCCUCCAAUGUAUAUGAAUUAGUUUUUCAGAAGAGAGAAAACAUGCUUACACCUUUGUCACUUUAAGAUAUAUUUCCUUUAAAAUAAUUAUGGAGAAAAUUUUCUGUUUAUUGAUGAGAGUAGGAGCUUUUGCACAGUUUUUUCACAAUACAUUAGUUUUCUUGUUGUAUUAUUCCUAUAUCUUAUCUUGGAAGGUUAAAUACAUAUCUAGUAUAGAGACUUAAUCUUUAUCCCACAAUGGGGGAGGUGG